AUGGUCCGCUUCACCGCCCCUAUCCUCUUCAUCGUGACCCUCUGCACCCUCCUCCUCACCGCCCCCGUCCUCGCAGAAUCCGAAAACGACUGGCAAAACUACAAACUCCAAUGCCUCCUCAAAGACCACAGAAUCCUUCAAGCCACCGACCGUCUCUGCAACCGUGACCUCCACGUCCCCAGCGGUGUAGGUCAAAUCGGAGAAUCCUACGCUCGUAACCAAAGACUCAAUGUUCUCCCUAAUCAAAGGUGUUUGAUGGAUGGACGUAUGAAUAUGAAGAGUAAUGUUUGGGUUCCUAAGUAUUGGUGUGAGAGACAGUUUUGGAAGACUUGUGCUCAGGGCAAUAGUAAGGGUAGGGGUUCGCAAAUGUUUGGUGGCAAGGGUUGUCAGCAUUUCUUGAUUUCGGACUUCCCGGAGUAA